AUCCAGCCUCACCACCUAACCGCCGUGGCCGCCUUAUCCGCCGCGCGGGGUGCAGCUUCUCGUGGAUUUUUCCCAGCUAGCUCUAGAGCCACAGCCAUGGAAGCUCUCGCCUCGUCGCCGCGGGCUCUCUUCGCCCGCACUGCCUCUCCGACGACGGCGCUGGCCACGCCAGCAAGAUGGACGCCGUCAUCGAGCAGGCGUGUCAAGGCCGCCGCCGCCGGCGAGCCGGCCGGCGAGGCGAAGCCGGCUGCCGCAGCGGCGCCGCCGGCGCCCAAGAAGAUCCUCAAGAAGAAGCCCGUGUACUCCAUGAAGAAAGGACAGAUCGUGCGAGUCGAGAAAGAGAAGUACCUGAACAGCAUCAAUUACCUGUCAGUGGGGCACCCACCCUUCUACAAGGGGCUGGACUACAUAUACGAGGACCGUGGCGAGGUUUUGGACAUCAGAAUCUUCGAAGAAACCGGAGAGUAUGCUCUGAUCGCGUGGGUAGGGAUUCCAACACCGCCGGCAUGGCUCCCAACUUAUAUGCUCAUCAAGUCGGACAAACUCGACUACGAGAGGAUAUGAUCGCUGGAUGAGCGGUUGCGAGGGAGAACAAUGUCUUGUGCAUAAAUCAAUCUCACUAUGUGGCAAUGUUGUGACAUUGCUCCAUGGAUGCAAAAUGAAGCAUUUGUAAACCGAAGAAACGAUAGUGAAAUAUAUUCAAAGUUCUUGUA